AUGCAAGGCGAGUUCUUUACCUCGCUCCUGGAUGUUGAGUUUAUGCUGUCGCUUUGCGAUGUCAUCAAUUCACCCCUGGUUCAAGUAGAGCCAGCUGCACGUCUCGUCUACUAUAACCUAAUCUUCCACGGCGGAGUCCUGGGCGGACCAAGAUCACAAAUCACUGCUCGCGGAUUGUAUCUACAGUGCCUUCACGCCGUUCCUGCUUGGCAGGCAUGUGCCAGUGGAACAAUGCUUGAUCUAAUCGCCUCGUCAUUGAUGACCUUCACGACCGCAAUCAGCUUUGACUAUACACUCGCCUGGAAAUUUCAUAGACAGGCAUGCGAGUUUGUCAAGCAGCGAGGCUUGGACCGUCUCAAUGCUCUGGACAUGGUCGGUCUCACGAAGACUGAAAUUGAUAAUCAACGUCUGGGCUUCUGGCAGCUCGUUCUUGUUGAUAUCUUCUUUCGGUUUUUUGCGAACAAGCCGUCGUCGAUCAGCUCCGAGGCGAGCGUCGCGUCCUCUGGAGUACCGCCAGCGACCGAUGUGACGCAUCAACGACCCCGGGCUGGGCGCACGAUCGUCAACACGAUCUGGCAGCGUGUUCUCUUUGUGGCGAAGGAGUUCUUCGAGCACUAUGACCGAGUUUCAAUCAUUGAUGGAGGCACGAAAUCUCAUCAAUUUCAGAAAAAGGUCGACUCUUUAUGCGACGAGAUUGAAGAGAUGAUCGAUGACUGGCAGCUCACUCUCCUGAUGGAAUCUUAUGCCAAAAAGCCGAUGGACAGCUGGCUAUGUGCUGACACCAUCGUUGGCACACUCAAUAUCCUUCUAGAAAUGGACAAGCUGCGACAAAGUGGUGCGGAGCCUAUGGUAUCGGAAAGAUCCAAACGAGCUGCUCGCCUUAUCCUGGACACGACGAUCAACUUUGAUGAGAUGUUGCGCAAUUCAAGCAAGCCUCACGGUGCGCUGUACAUGUACUGUAUCGCCUUCUAUCCCUUCCGCGCGUUCUUCUCACUCUACUACCACAUACUUAAAUGCGACGAUCCUGCGGACUGCGAACAAGACGUACUUCGUCUCGACAAAAUAGGAACGGUCAUGGUGAGAGCAGCGCAGUCGCGGUUCGAAUGGAUACCGAUAGCCAAAGCCAUUGUAUCGCUGAAUCAAGUCACGAAGUUCAUGCAGCAGAGGCAGGAUAUGUCCUCGACGACGCCCUGGGAGGACGCCUGGCCCGAAAGGAGCAAUUCCGGUCAUUUGCUCAGCAUCGAACAGGCACAUAUGGCUGACUCGGUAUCUCGCGGCCUACCAUUGGUUCUACAGCAGCCUGAGUUCGCGCAGUGGCUACCGGACCACGAGGGCAUGCACUUUUCAACCGCAGCAGAUUUUCAGCAUGCUGCUGCUCAGCCCGACUUCAGGCCGAUUGAAUACAUGCAGGCGAUUGAAGAACAGUUUGCAGAACGAGGCUGGAACUAUGGCUGGUAA